CUUUAAUGAGAUCUGACGUCGGAAGUGGUCGUUCAUCGUGACGGAUUGCUUACUAAUUCGCGACACACUUAACAAGAUCCUUAUCUCUGAGUGUACAAGGACCAAUAUGUCGAACCAUGCUGGGUGUCACUUGCAAACUGAUCUGGAAGCACAUAAACGAGCUUGAGUACUAGUUAUGGCUCAGGAAACGAUGCUAUCCUCGGUGGACUGGCUUAUGCCGCGAACCUUUAUCAAUCAAAUCCUUUGCUUUCCAAGAGGCGAUCAUAAAGUUUUCGAACUACUCAAAAGUAGCCUUCGCAGACUCACUGUGGAUGUCCCAUAUUUGCUGUCCGGAGUGGUUGGCCAGGAACAUCCGCGUGGUUCAGUUCGGCUGACCGAGCCUUACCAAACAUUAGACGAGCUAAUGACGCUUUAUGAUUCAUCUCAUGUGCUGGACUAUGCCACCCUCAGAGCAAACAAUUUUCCGCCUACUGCAUUGACCAAUGCCAGUAUCCAACCUCCAGAUACGACGGCACCAUUCUUGAACCCUGUGCCAGUUUUUCGAGCGAAAUUGUCGUUGGUCAAAGGUGGUGCAAUACUAUAUGUUGCAAUUCAUCACAGUACUACGGACAUAACGGGCCUUGGAGCGUUGCUCAAACUUUGGUCUUCGCAUUGUUGGCCAAGUCCCGCGACUGAUUUGGGGUUCAACCGUUCUUGGUGCGAUCGAGGUCCACUACUUGAGAUUUCAGCUUCAUGGGCAGGCAAAACAUUCGACUCCAAUCCAGAGCUUGUUCAUAUUAUCGAACGCAGUGCCCGAAGCAAAGCAACGGGGACACCCCCAAGAGACGUGGCUUACGAGACUGCUAUAUUCUACUUCCCUCGGCAAACUUUGCAACGACUGAAGGUUGCCGUUACUGAGCAUCUGGCAUGUUUGGACAACGGCGUUCGAUGGGUCUCGAAAGGCGACAUAAUUGCAGCGCUGCUCUGGAGUGCCACCGUUUGGGCAGAGCAGACAGGCGAUCCUGAAACUGCACCCGAUGCUGCUAUAACAUGUACGGCAGGGAUUCCAGUAAAUUUUCGCCCGCGACUCAACGAACCGCUGCCGAAACACUAUCUCGGGGCGGCAUUUGCUAUGACGAAAGCCUGUGUGGCACAAAGGGAUCUUUGUUUCCUUUCAGAGAAGAAGCCCGCGGAGGAUGUGCCGUUAGACAGCGAAUUCAUAUCGACCCUGGCGCGUGUUUCAUCUGCCAUCCGUGCAUCGCUAAUAGUUGUGGAUCAACCACGAAUCGAGGACGCAUUGGGUUUCGUCAGCUCAAAGUCAGAUAUCACGUCCGUCAAGCUGGGCCCCCGCCAUGGUGGUAUCUCACUCGUCUCGUGGGCCGAUGAGGGCGUCUACGAGCUGGACUGGGGCGAGACGAUAGGUAUGUGCGAUGCCGUGAGGCUACCGAAGAUGCGAGGCAAAAGAUAUCCCAUCAUACUUCCACGACUACCGAAAAAAAAUGGCCAUGGAGAAGGCCUAGAAGUCAUAGUUAGUUUCGAUCGAAAGACCAUGGCGCGUUUCCGUGAAAGUCAAGUUAUCCGGCUUUUCGGAACUCUAACCUGCUGAAACGAUUAGUUUUUUGCGUUCCUUCUGCACAUAUCUGCACUUACAAAUCCUCCAUCUACUAGCGUCAUUCAGGCAAGUUGUAGGAUGUUAUUGGUAUCGGUCCUAGCAAUUCGCCGGUACACGACUUGGCUGAUCAGAUCUUGAAUAUAUUUAUAAAUUGCCAGACCAGUGCCUACGGUCAUACAGUUACUCGGGUGAAAAAGGGUCCCGUAUCUGCUAGGUCGCUAGUCUUUCGUCAUGAGUCGUCGGUCGCCGUUUAUAUGUCUAAGCUUGCUAAUAGUCACCGUCUAGUUUCCCUGGCAUUUGGCGUCGUCGUGGGUUGGCACGUACAAAAUGUCCAUGGAAACUACAACCAUUUCUACCGAUGUAAGAAAUAAUGUUACUAAAGGCCACUAAGUUGAUGAAUGGUUCAUAGAGGAUCGCGUAGUACAAUACUUAACAAGAUGUUGAUCACACAUGGAAGAUAAU